AGCAACAAUAGGUAUAUCGUAUUUCACAUUUUAAUCCUGCAGGAAUUUCACUAACAGAUUUUUAUAUUGCUAUUACUUAUUAUCAUUUUACACUUUCUAGCCACUACAUCGACCACUUCCACAACUGCUACGACAACUACGACAACAACAACGACAACCACAACUUCAACGACGACAACAACAACAACUACAACAACAACGACAACAACCUCAACAACAACUACAUCGACAACAUCCACGACAACUACAACAACGACCUUGA